GACGCAUGGGGAACACCACCACGCGAUGACUACAUUUCAGCCUCAAAAAUCGUGCUGCAACCUUCCAUAGUCUCCGACCCUCAUCACGAUGUCUAAAUAUAAUUGCCAAGGACGUAUCCCACAGGCGAGGACAUCUGACAACUUGAGAGAUGACAAGUGGUAGAAAACCUGCGCAGCAGGUGACAAAAGCCUCUUCUCAUCUCCGCGGGCAAGGAGAAUAUUCGCAGAGUUGUGGUUUGUAUGAUUCUCUCAGGCUCCUUGUGUUGCUGUCAUGUUCGUCGUUGCGCCGUUGAUAAUCCGCAUCAGAACUUUGAGCAAUAGCCCUCGGCCGAGGCUCGGUCACAAAAACAAAGAACAACAAUGAUAAUGGUAAAGCAGCGGCCGAAGGGUUGUCGGGGCUUGGCUCAGAUUGUCAAGAGGAGGAGGCAGAAGAGGUUCCAUUGUUGGCUUCUUUGUUCUUACCAAGGCCCGAGAUCUAGAAUGAAUUCUUUAUCGAGUUGGACAAUGAGCAUUGUUUGAAAGGAAAUGGAGAUAGGCUCUUUGUUAGGGGGCUUCGACUUUAGAAAUUGUCGUAUAUAAGAGCUGGGUUGUUGGUUGGCAUUGUAGCACCAAUUCUAUCGCUAACCAAACCCAACUUUUUCUUCACCGAUAUUAAAGACCUGCGACGCCUUCAAACCACGUUGUACGUCUCGAUAUCGACAACCAAAGCUAAGUAUCAAACCUUCCGCACCAUGUCUUUGCCCACCAUGCCGAGUGUUCUCAGCAAGCAGUGCUUGCUUGAGGAGUCUGGCCGCAGGAAGAGCGAAAGCAUGGUCUCUGAAGUAGAUGAGGUCUUGUUCGAGAACCUCUUUCUGGAGAGCGAUGACGAUGAUAAAGACACCGUCCAAGGCGACGAGCAGACCCCCGACGACGCAUCGGACACCGACGCAGACUGGGAUCAAGCGACCCAGUCAUUCAGCACCCGCGUCGACUGGCAAGGCGCCAUGCAAUCCCUGACCAUGACGGCAGCUCACGUCCUAAACCUCGAGAAGGAGAUCUUUGACAUUGCCCGCGACAUCACCAACUUUGUUCAGCCCGGCUCCUCCCUCGAGAGCAAGACCUUUGAGGUCCCACUGUCGCCCCUGCACCCCUCGGCAGCCAUGGAACCGGACGCCUUAGCUUACCUCACCGUCGAUGAGCUCCUGCAGCUCACGGUCUACAUCCCGCACAUGCGUCUUCUAUCGGAGAUCAUGGCGCUCAAGGAGAAGCUCGCGGAGAGCGAUUGGACCUGCUGCGAUGAGCACCAAGACAAAAACAGCGACGAGUGCGUUGUCGUCGACGAGGAGGAACUGGAGGCAAGAGGAAGGCUCACCUACAACAUCGCCGUGAUCGCCAGCAAGGCUGGCCACCUCGAGGACCUCAUCUCCAUCAUUCUGCCCAAGUGGCGUUGGAUGAUGACCGACACCGUCACCUUUAGCAAGGAUGCCCAGAAGGCCGCGAUACUUGACCAGUUUGUUGAUGGCGUCCUCCGCUGGGCUAUGGACUACGCAGCUCGGUCAGAGACGUUUCUUUGCGACGAUUAUAUCUGAUUCUAGAUGGGAAAUAAGGUCAUUGGCGGAGGCAGCUAUGGUUCUUUUAGCGGCACAACUGCUGGCAGUGAAGCUCUGCUUUUACCGAGACUUCGUAACGUAAACAAAUACACAGGCAUCUUACUCAAACAAUUCGGUGCAAAAUGCUAUUCCUGUGUAUAAUCAUGUUUGUGUCUUUUAUUCAAAAUGUGCUGGUUGUCUAUCAAGGCUUCUAGAUACUUACUCCC